GCAGUAAAGUGACAAUAGCUGUGAUUAUUUUCCAAAGCCAUGAGUGGGAGAAAUUAUAUUUGCAUCUUUAUUGGGAUUUCCUUCAUGAUGAUAUCUAAAGCACUGACAGGUUAUCUUUUCCACAACCUGGCACUGAACCAAAAUGCUAUCCAGUCCUCGGUUGGUGACAGCGUGGGUAUUGCUGGCAAGGCAGUUGAUGGGAGAAGAGAAUCAAGAUAUCAGUUAGGGUCCUGCACACUCACCAAGUCAGAAUCUGAUCCCUGGUGGAGGGUAGACCUGGUAAAUGUGUAUACAAUUGGUGCUGUAAUAAUAACCAAUAGAGCAGAAGUGGAAAACGGACUGGAUGGUGCUGAAAUCUGGAUUGGAAAGUCAGCAGCGAUCAAUGACGUUGAAAGCAUGAGAUGUGCAGUCAUCUCUCAUAUUCCCAGUGGACAGACAUACUACUUUCCAUGUAGCUCCAUGGAGGGACGCUACGUCACUGUGUUUCUACCAGGAAGUGAAAAUGUCCUUAGCAUCUGCGAGGUUGAAGUAUACUAUGGAUACCCAUUACCCAAUGUGGCACUCAAAGGAGAAGCUACCCAGUCAUCUACACUCUCUGUUGCCACUGCAUCCAAAGCCAUCGAUGGCAGACGGAACUCGUUCUACAGCAAUGGGUUCUGUAGCCACACGGCUGAAGACGAGACCAACCCCUGGUGGAGGGUGGACCUGCAGCGAAGCUUUACAAUCACUGCUGUAAAAGUCACCAACAGAGGAGACUGCUGUGCUGAAAGACUGGAUGGAGCUGAGAUCAGAAUAGGAAACUCACUGGAGAACAAUGGAAACAAUAAUCCCAGGUGUGCUUCCAUUUCACAUAUCAAUGCGGGUAAAACCUACACAUACCAGUGUGACGGAGGCAGCAUGGAGGGUCGCUUUGUGAACGUGUUUCUUCCUGGACAGAAGAAGACUCUCACCCUGUGUGAAGUGGAGGUGUAUGCUGCCCCAGCAGUCGAACCGCUUCCAAAUGUGGCCUUAAACAAACAAACAGUGCAGUCAUCAACAUGGAAUGCAGUUGGGAUACCCUUUAAAGGUGUUGAUGGGUGCAGAACUGAAUUCUGGGGUUAUUCAUGUUGUACCCACACAUCGACACAGCAGAAUCCCUGGUGGAGAGUAGACUUAUUGGCUGUCUAUAAAGUCACUGCUGUCACCAUCAUCAACAGACAAGACUGUUGUUCUGAAAGACUUCUUGGGGCACAGAUCCUGAUUGGAGACUCACUGGAGCAGAAUGGCAACACAAAUUCCAGGUGUGGCAUUAUGGAAUCAUUAGCGGGUACACCAACAUACACAUUCCAGUGUAAUGGAAUGGAAGGUCGCUACAUCAAUGUGAUCAUACCAGGAUCUUCAAAACUUCUGACGCUGUGUGAAGUGGAGGUGUUUGCUUCUCUGCCUGCACCAGAAGCCAUCAUUCCUUCAACGACUCCUCCACCUCCUCCUAGCCCUCCUCCCACUGUGAGCCUGCAGCUUGGUGGCAGGAACGUGACGGUGGUGGGAGAGAGGCUCUGCUGGUCUGAUGCUCUGAUGUACUGUAGACGUUAUUACUGGGACCUGCUCAGCCUUCACAGCCAACAGGAGCAAAGCGAGUUGGAGCAGCUGCUGGGCCUCAUUCCUUUCUCCCUCACAGACCACGUCUGGCUGGGACUGCGCAGAUCCCUCAGAGGAGACGAGUGGUUCUGGAUGUCUGGAUAUUCCAUGAAUUUCUUAAAUUGGCCACAAGAUUUUGUUCCUGACAGCUACUCCAGCACCUGUGGAGGCGUGGCCAGCAAGGAUCACUUCCUCUGGCAGGACCAGCCCUGUGAGGAGAACCUCAACUUCAUCUGCCAAUCAGGUGCUGAUGAUGCUGUGCAGAGAGUUUAUUUCUCCAGCACCAAGGAUCCUAUAAGUCCUUAGUAAAGGAGAACAAUGUACUAUCUGAUGGAAUGGAUACAAAUACAUAUAUCUGAAACCUUUUUGCACUCCUUUAGUUCUGUAAAUUAUACUACAGAAAAACUAUAAGAUGUUUCUGCACACAAUACCAUGUUUGCCCCUUUUUUUGACUUUAUGCUACUAUAGCACUGAUUUCUAUUUAAAAUGCUGCUGGCAAUUUCAUAACUCAUGCUCGUAGCAAUUGUACCUAUGGAAAAUGUGUGAGCUUAUUACCCUGUAAUGUACUCCUCCGGAUUUGCAGGGGUUGUGAAUUCAGCCACAUAAGUAACUCUACACUUUUGUGAAAGCCGUGGUGAUGAAAUGCAGAUGACACCUGAGAAAUGUAAAACUACAAAUGUCAUCAAAGUAAUAAAAAUUCAUUAAAG